GCAGAUGCCAGCACAAGGAGGAGGUCCGGAGAGGAAGACCGUGACUCGAAGGAGACUUGUGAAGCUCUUAGAAGUCGCCAGUGGAGACCCAAUGGGCUCUACCGCAACUCCUAGUGAUGGCAGAGAGGAGGCGGAGAUCCCGGGAGGCGAAGGAGAAUCAUCCAUGGCCACGGACGAUUUGCAGAGGGCCGGGCAGAGCAAGGUGGCCCUAGGGGACCGUCGGCCCGCGCAGAAGAAGCAACGCAAACGGGCAAGACCGGCCCCUCUCCCACUGGACGAGGCUGCUCGUGCGGCCGCUCGAGCAGCUGUCGAAGCUCACCGCCAAGCCCUGGAGGCGUUGAGGUACCCCACGACGCAGCGCGAUGGGCAGGCCGUACACCAGACCGAGCUCGGUGAUUUUGGAGGCCCGCUUGAUGCAGCCCCCGUGACGCUCGUGACCGACGCUCCCAUCACCAACGUUGGAGCCCUGGUCGACCGCGUUCAAGCUACGCGAGAUGCUGAGAAGGCGGCCGCGCGCGAGGAGCGGUUGAAGCGCUACAAACGGACGCGACCCCUCGGUGUGCCACCCCAGGCGGCGGAGUCCCUGCCCCGCAGCAUCGAGGACCCGGGCCUUCUCACCCCCGACGCCCCCCCUUCUCGAAACACAUCCCCUGCCCUGAGCCGUGAGCAGCCCCCCUCAGCGCCCCCCCUGGAGUUCCUCGGUGCGGAAGAGGAGCAGUUGCCAGCUGCGCCCGCUGUGCCCGCUGCGCCUCCGGUCGAUCAGCCCCCCUCUCCCCCCUUCGUUGAGGAGGUUGUUACAGCACCGAAAGAUCAGCCCCCGGAGCCCCUGGUCACAGUUCUGCCCCAAAUCGGAGAGGCACUGCCCGAGGUCGUCCCCGGUCAGCCCCCCACCGUCGCCCCUCCCACCCAACAACAAGCGCCAGACCCGCCGCACCAGCUCCCUGCAGCGGACGCAAGCCAGCCCUCUGCCGCUGAGCAGGAGCGGGAGCAGCCGACCGGGCAGUCGCCCUCCGCACUCGGGCCCCCGGAGCCGCUCGUAGCGGCCUCUGAAGAACCCUCCCCGGUGGUCGAAGCUGCGGCAGCAGAACAGGGGCCUGGCUGGUGCAAGAAACUCCAGGCCGCGCUUCGGCAGCAACGGGCGGCCGGGCAUGCGGUUCUCGUGGCGGAGGACGUGAACGACGUUGGGGCGAAGCGCUGGGGCAGCUUUCAGGAUGCUGCGGCCUUGGUGGCGCAUCGGAGGUCCCUCGGGCCGUACGCGCACCUGUACGAGGUCAUCCAGGACGAUGCGUGCUGGCGCAUCUACUUCGACCUGGACUUCUCGGCCCCCGCUGAGGACCCCGGCGAUUUCGAGCGGAGGCUGCAGGCCUUCCACUCGGUCAGAGACCGGUUCCUGACCUCGGUGUUGAACUUGCUCGAACACGCGCUCCGCUUCCAGGCGUGCGAGGCGCACGGUGAAGCGCGCCCCCCCAAGCAGGGCUUCAAGUACAGCGUGCACGAGGUGCUCACGGACUUUUACCUGAGGGGGCUGGAUGCCAGGAGGGCGUUCGGGAGGGCCUUCGGGAGCUUCUUGGAGAAACCCCCGAACGACCUGAAGUCAAGCGUCGAGCUGCUGCGGAAGGACGGCGGGUCCGCUUACAUGUGGGACGGGGGUGUCUACGGGCGGCACCGCUGUUUUCGGCUGCUGGGGUCUUCCAAGUUCGAGGACCGUUUCCGUCCCCUAGUUCCAUCCGAGGGCAGCUCCGAGGCGAUUGCGGACCACAUGGUCUGUCUCUACUCGGAGGCAGAGCUGGCCGGUUCCAUCGAGAUCAGUGCUGACCUCUUGGGGGAGUGGGCGACCGCGAAGCCGGCCCCCCCCACCCCUCCCCGUGUGGGGGCCUUCCGUUCGCAAGCGCUCACUUUCGACGAGGCGAGCACCUCACGGGGGCCUGGCGGGGACCUCUCCGAGCAUGAGCGGGCCGUCCUCCUCGCCUGCUACCAGGAGGACCACGCAGGGGCCGAGAUCACCCGGCUGGUGCAGGAGCGGCCGGGGGACUUCUUCGUCCACUUCCAAGCGCCGGAUCCCAUGUGCUGCAUCGCAGGAAGGCGUCACACGUCACCCGGCAACCAGAACCCGUACCUGAUCUACAAGCGGGACGAGCCGCGCAUCGCACGCUACCAGUGCUUUGCCAACAGCUGCAGGGGCGAGUGCCGGGUGCUGCCUCUUGAUGUUCUCAGCACGCUGGGUUGGACGGAGGACUACGUGGACGAUUCCGGAAUGCGACCCUACCCCGUGUUCCGGCUCCAGCACGUGGGCAAACGAACCAUCUUGGCUCGUGCCAAGAAAGGGGUCGGGAAGUCGAAGGAGUUGAAGGCUUGGGAGGUGGCCAUGAUUAAAAAGAAUCCCGGGCUUUCCUUGUGCUCAAUCGGAGCCAACAUCUCGCUCUCCCAGAAGUAUCGCCAGGAUUUGGUCGACGCAGGCGUGAAGGACGUCGUGUUCUAUCAGGAAGCGCCUCCGGGUCCAAUUAACGCCCCCCGUGUCGUCUGCUGCAUCAACUCCAUCCACCGCGUGCAAUUCAAGAUGGACGUUCUGAUAAUAGACGAGAUGGACAUGGUUCUUGCCAAUCUCAACUCCGAGGUCAUGACCCAACGGGGCAGGGUGCUAUCAUGCCUGGAGGCACUUGUGGCGGGAGCAAGGGUCGUCAUCGGCCUAGACGCCAAUAUCGACUCUGCACGCGUCUUGGAGUACCUCUUCAUGGCGCGGCCGGACGCAGACUUGCACGCCAUUCGCAACCGGGGCUUGUACCCAGCUUCGAGGCAUGCCACCAUCCGGGUCUUCCCGGUGGGAAGUGGUCUUCGCGAGUGCAUCGGCACCGCGGUGCGGGACGUGCUGGACCGUGUCGCUCGAGGCACAAAGGUCGUGUGCCCUUCGACAUGCAAGCGCUUCGUGAAGCAGCUGGAGCAGGAUUUCAACGAUCGAGAACCCGCCCGCCGAGUCCGAUCGACAUCGACAUGGCAUCUUCCUCCACGCUGA